AAUGGACGUCCAACAACAAGUUGAGCGUUAUCAAAGAAAUGAUCGUUUGGUUGUUGAUUUAUAUCACAAACUUAAAGUGGAUGAUCCCUAUAGAACUAAAGGCUCUACCGCAUUUUCUGGCCUAGCAGAAAGAGAUUAUUCUCAACACGAGCAUUUAGGUGUACCUUUCUUCUACCAAAGUUGGCAUCAUUCUUUCCCUCAGGAAUUACUUGAUCAAUUUAAACAUAUGCGUAGCAAUUUUUCAACGGGAUUAUUGCCUUCAAUUAUGCGGGCGUGGAUGUCUAUAGACUCUGAUUUAUAUUUAUGGAAUUUUGAUAAUAAUCGAGAUCUUACAUAUUACGAUUUAAUAAAUAACACAAUUCUACGUGUUGAUAUAGCUCCUCCAAGGCCUGGAUUUUCAGUAGUUGCCUUCUCUCCAUUCUAUUCUUAUUGUUGCCACCACUGUCGAUAUUGUAUUGCUAGCAAUUAGAUUUGAAGACAA